UCUGCACGAGCCUGCCUCCUCUCUCCGCCGUCUCCCCCGCUGUCUGCAGGCAGCUCUGCUCCUGCCCCAAAGCGGGGACCUCAGGGGCCCUUUCAAUAAAGGUUGAACCUCUAGUGCCUGCCUUCCUUGAGAAGCAACUUCCAGCUGAUGGCAGCCAUGCCUUGGAGAAUGCUGAUCUCUUUCCUUUGCAUGCGUAUGCACAAAGCCACCCCUGAAGCACUAUGUACUUCACGUGAAUCCAUUACCGUACUAGAAGGGGAACAUUUCUACUUGAAGUGCUGCCAGGAGUCGAGCUCUCCAUCUCCUCAGAAUAGAAGCAAGCUGGUAAAGUGGUUUAAAGGACCAGUGAAUGAUUCAGUGGAGCUGAAUUCCAGGUCAAUGAAGAGACUGGCUUUUAAAGAAGAUAUUUUGGAGUUUUGGCCAGUGGAAUUGAGUGACCGUGGAACUUACUACUGCACCAUCCAAAUUGGAGAUAACAUUUCCAAAUUAGCACCCUGGGAUUUGAAAGUAAUCAGAAGAGACGAAGGCAGGUGUUUUAACUCAACUCAUAUAACUUCUAAGCCCGUGGAAGUUGGAAAGGCCUUGAACAUCGACUGUACCAACGAUUACUACCAAGAAAGAGCUUUUAACAAGUCACUGAUUACGAACUGUUCCAGUUUUACAGAGACCAAUACAGUGAAUGUCGAUGCUGUUUUGGGCAAAAAUGGAGUGGUGGAAGAUGCUGGAUAUUACACCUGUUUUUUUUUCUUUUAUCAUGAGGGAAAGAUCUACAAUGCUACUAAAACAUUCAAAGUAACCGUAAACCAAGCUAACCAGUUUGUAAAUCCAGCAAUUCUUGGUCCACAAAUUGUUGAAGUUGAAGUUGAAUUAGGAAAAGAGAAAGUGCUCAACUGUACUGUUUCCGGAGGUGACUUGAGCGACUUUUUCAUUUACUGGAUUCCAUUUCCCAGCGAUGAGAGGUUGGAAGAGAUUAAGCUAAAUAACACAUAUAUGGAUCACAAAACAUAUGCUUCAACUAUCCUGAGGAUUAAAUAUGUGGAAGAGAAGGAUUUUAAUACUGACUUUAAUUGCACUUUGCAGUCUGCAUCAACUACGCAAAUCAGAAUAUUUAGAUUGAUCAAAAAAGUUCCUGCAGACAUCCCUAAAUUUGUCUUCACAACAGGAAUGAUCACAGCAGUUUCUUCUUCAGUUGUCCUUGUGUUUCUAGUGGUUUUAUAUGUCAUUUGUAGAAUUGACCUAGUGUUACUGUACAGGGACCUAGCUGGAAAAGAUGAGACCUUAGCAGGGAGACGCAGCAUUAUUAUCCUCCAUGUUCAAUGAGGAAAGAGGCACAGAGAAGUUAAGUAAUUUUCAUGAUAAUCCACAGGAGGCAGGAAGUGUCAGAAUUGGGCCUAGAAUCCAGUUCUCCCGACUUCCAGGUUCCUGCAUUACUCUUUAAUCAGUGCUGCCUGAUUAUGCCCUGCGUUGCCUUGAAUGUGAAUGGAUGGUGAAAAGAUGUGAAGGUGGACAGGGAAGUUCAGGGAAAGAAAGCUGAAAGCCAGAGAAAUAUACACAAAGAGCAUGAAAGGGUCCUGAACAUAAAGAAUUUUAGGGGAGUAAGUCUGGUCUUAGAACCCUAGUGGGAGUCUCUGAGCAGAGACAGGAAGCAGGAAAGCCAAGGAUAUAGCCUCCCAUAUUUUACUCUAGGUUUCAUCUCUUCUUAAUCAUCAUCAUCAUUAGUAUUUAUUGAGCACUUUUAGUGCAUAGAGUACUAUGCCAGACAUUGGGAGCAUUCAGUGGAAGUCAGAGACACAAUCCCUGUCCUCAAGGACCUUACAAUCUAAUGAACAAUCCUCAAGUCUCAAUGAACUGUGCACUCGUAUUAUCUUUGGGUUGGAUCGAAGUGGGAACUAUUUCCUAACUGGACCGAAAGCAUAUGCUUUCUGUCACAGAUGAUUCAUAAGAGACUUGAAAUAAAAUGAUAAUAUAAACCUUGGUAAAUGGGAUUUUUGAAGCAUUUUCCCUCCAGAGAGUUCUUGGAGAGGAUGCAUAUAUUACCUAGUUAACUAUCCCAGUAUUAUUAGUUCCCUGCAACCUGUAACUCGGAACUGUCCAAUGGGCCAUUCCUAAAUCAGCAAAGGACAGCAAGUUAGGCUCAAAUCAGAAGGGCAAACAAUCAAUGAAUGGCACUUAUUGAACACAUUCCAUUCAGAGUACUGUAUUAAGCACUUGGGAAAGUACAGUAAAUUAAGUAGACCCAACACCUGCCCUGAAUAAGUUUAUAAUCUAACAGUGAAAAGAACAUUAAAAUACUUUGAAAGUAAGGGGGCAACAGAAUAUAAGGAUAUGUAUGUAAGUGCCGGGGUUGGGGAAGGGCAGGGUGAAUGCCUAAGUGCUUUAAGAAUAUGGGCACAACUGCACAGGUAACAAGGUAGGGAAGAGUUACGAUGAGGAAAUGAGACAUGAGUCAAGGAAGAAUUCCUGGAGGUGCUAUGAUUUUAAUAGGACUUCGAUAAUGGAGAUCAUGGUGGUCUGUCAACUAUGAUGGCGGAGGGAGUUCUAAGCUGGAGUGGAGGAAUGAGCAAGAGAUCAAUCAAUGAAAGACAAGAAUGAGAGAUGUAGGGGAGUCUCGAUGGAUAGAAUUGAGAAGUUUCAUUAUUAUUCAUUGUCAUGAAAUUGUCAUCUCCUGUGGCUUAUCAAAUAACCUUCAACUAUAUAUUAAUCAUGACAACCAAGCAGUAGUGAUCUAGUCACUCAGAGAGAAAAUUUCU